UUCUCCCAGCCUCUUGUUUAUCUACAAUGUUGAAUCUGGCCACUGACUCCCACAAAUAAAUCUUGUUUUCAAUGCUCAAUGUUGUUGAACAACUGCUUGCCCGCACUAAGCAAAGUCAUCAAUCCAUCCCGCCCCAGAGUUUGUGCCAAUGCCAAGCGCGAAAUGUUGCAAAAGCAGGUUGGAAGGCAGCAGCCAGCCGCUUGCAGCGCUGUUGGAGCGGAGCCUGCGGAAGGGAAGCGGCGAGACUGAGCGCCCGAGCAGCGACGCGGUCACGACCCGGCACCAUGAAUUACUUCCGAUAUAUCAAUGCAAUAAGUGCAGCUCGAAAAUCUUCACCAAUUAGAGAGCUGACGGUGCUGUUAGAGAGGAGCCCACCAACUAUGAUCUCGUUGGCUGGAGGAAUGCCAAACCCCAGCCUGUUCCCCUUUGAGACUGCCACCUUCACCAUCAACGACGGUCAGCAAAUAAACUUCAGCCAGGAAACAAUGAAGCGGGCGCUGCAGUACUCCAGCUCAGCAGGAAUUCCAGAAUUAAUCUCUUGGAUGAAGGAGCUGCAAAAGCGUGCCCAUAAUCCUCCAACCAUCAACUACAGUCCUGAGCGAGGACAGAUGGCACUAUGUGUCACAAAUGGCAGUCAGGAGGGAUUAAGUAAGGUAUUUGAGAUGCUCCUAGCUCCUGGUGACUUCAUUCUUCUCGACACACCGACCUAUCCCGGGACAUUAGCAGCGCUGAGACCCCUGGGCUGCAACAUCCUCAGCAUCGCAAGUGACAAGCACGGACUUAUUCCUGAAUCCCUGUCAGACAUCCUUUCAAAGUGGGCACCAGAGGAGGCGAAGAAUCCGGAGUCCGAUAUUCCAAGGAUUUUGUAUACAAUUCCAAACGGCGGAAACCCAACUGGAGUCUCUAUGACAGCUGACCGGAAGCAGAAAGUGUACCAGAUUGCCAGAAAAUACGAUUUGCUGAUAAUUGAAGAUGACCCCUACUAUUUUCUGCAGUUUGAGAAGCCUUGGGCUCCGUCAUUCCUUUCGUUAGACGUGGACGGGCGUGUUAUAAGGACAGAUUCCUUCUCCAAGAUCUUGUCUUCAGGGCUGAGAAUGGGAUUCCUAACUGGCCCCAAACCACUCAUAGACCGCGUGGUUUUACAUAUUCAGGUUUCCACGAUGCAUACAAGCACCUUCACACAGCUCAUGGUUGCACAGCUACUGAAACAGUGGGGACAAGAUGGCUUCUUGAAGCAUAUUGACAGGGUGGCACAGUUUUACACCAAGCAGCGAGAUGCCAUGCACAAGUCUGCAGAAAAAUGGCUGAAAGAUAUAGCUGAUUGGCAGGUCCCCAGUGCUGGCAUGUUCUUCUGGCUGAAACUGAAGGAAAUCCCAGACACACGUCGACUCAUCUCGGAAAAAGCCAUUAAAAAAGAGGUACUGCUCGUCCCUGGUCAAGUGUUUAUGAUUGACAGUUCGCUACCGUGUUCAUACCUCCGAGCUGCUUUCUCCAUUUCUAGCCCCGAAGAAAUAGAUCAGGGUUUUCAGAGGUUGGCUGCACUCAUCAAAGAAUCUGUGUAGAGCAACUUACUGAAAAGGAUCCAUCUUAUCAUGAAUCAAGUCAAAAAUUAACAUCCUCGUAUGAUUAUUUCAUAUGCUGUUAGCUUAGUUGAUUGUUCUUGCACAACUGUUUCAAGUUAAAUUACUAGUAAACACAACAAACAGGGUAAACAAGCACGGUCGUGUUUAAUGUUGGGAAGAACGGCUCCUCUUGUAAAGAGUGAAAUGUAGCAUCUUUAAGCGUAGUAGCUUUGCGACUUCCUUUAGAAAAACUGAGCCUCUCUCAUCUGCACUGAUACAGUUUUGAGACUUGUUUCAGUACACUGGCCCAGAUCUCCAGGUAGUUUGAAAGAGGUGCCACACCAGGUAUCAUUCAGGAAUCCUGUUGGAACCCCUCAGAAUUCCCAGUGUGCCCACGAUGUGGAAGCCGCCCAGUAGGUUAAACUCUGUGAAUGGAACCUUAGCAGGCACAUGAGCAACGUGGGCAUUGUCGUGCAAAUCCUGUGAGAUUAGCGCUUCAGAGCUUCUCUCCAUUCAUAACAAAUAGUCCCAUUUCCCAGCCUUUGCUUUUUUAUUCACCUGUGAGACGUGGGAGUCACUGGCUAGGUCAGCAUUUUUGUGGCCUGCCCCUAGGUGCCCUUCAGAAGGUGGUGGUGAGCUGCCUCUUUGAACCAUUACAGUCCAAAUGCUGUAAGUAGAACAACAAUCAAAGAAUCCCCACAGUGUGCAAACAGGCCAUUUGGCCUAUCAAGCCCAUACCAACCCUCUGAAGAGCAUCCCACCCAGGCCCACUCCCUACAGACACCAGGGGCAAUUUAGCAUGGCCAGACCUUCUAACCUGUAUAUCUUUGGGCUGUGGGAGGAAACCCACACAGACAUGAGAAGAAUGUGCAAACUCCACACAGAUAGUCACCCGAGGCUGGAAUCGGAUCCAGAUCCCUGGUGCUCUGAGGCAGCAGUGCUAACCACUGAGCCACCUAAGGUGGAGGCAGUUCCUGGAUUUUGACCUAGGGACACUGAAGGAACAAGAAUAUAUUUCCAAGUCAGGAUGGUGAGUGACGUGGAGAAAAAACUUGCAGGUGGUGAUGUUCCUAUAUACAUAGAACAUAAAACAUAGAACACAGAACAUAGAAAAGUACAGCACAGUACAGGCCCUUUGGCCCACGAUGUUGUGCCAUGGAAUAAUCCUAAUCCAAAAGUAAAAUAACCUAACCUACGUUCCCCUCA